UAGGGAGAGAAAAAUCUGUCGACUCAUCCGCCAUUUUGAAAAGCUAACAUUUUCUCUCAAAAGUAUUUUUCGCCGGUGUCUCGUAUUCCUGAAGCAAAAUGCCUGGAACAGAGGAACCGUUAACCAAAGUGGUGGUCCACCCAAUUGUAUUGCUUAGCGUCGUCGAUCACUUUUAUAGAAUGGGUAAAGUUGGAAAUCAAAAGAGAGUUGUUGGAGUUUUGUUGGGUUCAAGACGAAAAGGUGUACUCGACGUAGCUAAUAGUUUUGCUGUUCCUUUCGACGAGGACGAAAAAGAUCCAAGUGUGUGGUUCUUAGAUCAUGAUUACCUUGAGAAUAUGUAUGGGAUGUUCAAGAAGGUCAAUGCGCGGGAAAGGAUUGUUGGCUGGUAUCACACAGGACCUAAGUUACACCACAAUGACGUCAAAGUGAAUGAGUUGAUCAGAAGAUACUGCACCAACUCGGUGCUUGUCAUUAUUGAUGCAAAGCCUAAAGAUCUGGGUUUACCUACAGAUGCCUAUGUAGCUAUUGAAGAAGUACAUGAUGAUGGAACACCCACAACAAAAACAUUUGAGCACAUUGCCAGUGAAAUAGGAGCAGAAGAAGCAGAAGAGGUUGGAGUUGAACAUUUACUAAGGGAUAUCAAGAAUCUUACUGCGGGAACACUUUCCCAACGCAUCACCAACCAGCUGUUGUCUCUCAAAGGUCUUAAUUCGCGUCUCCAAGACAUCAGAGAUUAUUUGGACAAAGUGGCAACUGGUAAACUACCUGUUAAUCACACCAUCAUAUAUCAGUUACAAGAUGUGUUCAAUUUACUACCAAACCUGAGUCUGGAGGAGUUUAUCAAGUCACUCUCAGUAAAAACCAAUGAUCAGAUGUUGGUGGUGUAUGUAGCGUCGCUUGUUCGUGCUGUGAUUGCACUCCAUAACCUUAUCAAUAAUAAAGUCGCCAACAGGGAUGCGGAGAGAGAUGAAGCCAGCAAGAAAGAAGAGAAAAGUAAAGAGAGUAAAGACAAAGACACUAAAGAUAAGAAUGUACAAGAUAAAGAUAAAGAGGAGAAAACCAAAGCAGAAGAGACCAAGAAGUCCUAAAUCUGUAUAUCUUGAAUAACAUUGAUAAAAAACAAUGUCUUGGUAGAACUUGUGACUUAAAAGAGAAGUACAUUUGUAUGCUGUCAAAACCAUCUUUUAUAUCUCUGCCAUUAAAAAGUAUCUAUUAAAAAUAUAUUUUCUUUUGAGAUUCCAAAGGGUAGUCUACAUUUAACCUUUUGAAAACUAACUUCAAAUUUGCAAAAAAUUGUGUGUGGACAUCACCCAUCGGAAAGACUCGGUAACCUAGCCAUGCAUUUGAAAACAUUGUUGGUUAACAAACAGCUGCUAUGGUUGUUGGAAAUAAAAUCAGUGUUCUUUAAUCCGUCAAGAAAGUUUUUUUUGUUUAGUUCCUAUUUGUUACAACAAUUUUGUGAGAGAUGGAAGAAAAAGAUGAGUGAAAAUAUGGGAAUUUUGAGAGCAGUGAGGCUGUCAAGCGAAAAUUCAACAUGGCAGCAAACGUAGUCAGAAGAAGGGCUGACAAAGAGCUAACGCUCAAAAUGUCAGCUUUUUUAUUCGUUAUGGUGGCCAAUUUACAAUUUCAACUUAGUUGAUAUAACCAAAUUACCUUGUUACCCCCACCGAUGCAGCAUCACAGUUUCUUUAGAAACUUUCAGCCUUUAUUCAGUUGUCAAAUUUUAGAAGUAAUUUGAAGAGAGUGAGUUUACUCUUUGGAAUCUUAAAACAUGGCCAGUGUCAUAAUUUCAUUGUUAAUCACUUGAGUGAUCAUGUGAAUACUGGAUAACAUUCAUACAACAGAUUUCAUUGAAAAAUGCAAUUUUCCAUUUGGAAUUAAUUUAUAGAAAAUACAGUGGAGAGAGUGCAAAGAAAUAUUUUGCUAACUUUGAGCUUCCAAGGUUCAAGUGUAGCCUUUGGCUUGUAAUAAAAAUGCUUGAACUCUC